GAAAGGUGGGGUAUACAAGAAAGAAAGAGAAGAGCCUUGUUUAAAAAGGAAACUGAAAGAAAGAGGGGAAGAGUAUUAAAGACCACUUCUGGCUGGGCAGGGCAUUCAUAGCUGCUCGACUGCCCAGCGUGACCAGUGGCCACCUCUGCAGUGUCCCCCACAACCUAGUCUUGUCUCAACUGCUGGACAAAUCCUCUGACGCCCUAGCCAGUUGCGAACCUGGUCCUGAAAGAUGGCAGACAUGCCCAACGGCGAGCCCUGUGCCUCUCCGCUGGAGCUGUUCAACAGCAUCACUACUCAAGGGGAGCUCGUGCGGUCCCUCAAAGCCGGAAAGGCACCAAAGGAUGAAAUUGAUGCUGCAGUGAAGAUGUUGCUGUCCUUAAAAAUGAGCUACAAAGCUGCCAUGGGGGAGGAUUAUAAGGCUGACUGCCCUCCGAGGAACCCAAUGUCUGAGAGUAACUGUGUCUCGGAUCCCACAGAAGCCGAAGAGGAUUUCGUGGACCCGUGGACAGUACAGACAAGCAGCGCAAAAGGCAUCGACUACGACAAGCUCAUUGUUCGAUUUGGAAGCAGUAAAAUUGACAAAGAGCUGAUAAACCGAAUACAGAGAGCCACUGGCCAGAAACCACACCGCUUCCUGCGCAGAGGCAUCUUCUUCUCACACAGAGACAUGAACCAGGUUCUCAACGCCUAUGAAACUAAGCAGCCGUUUUAUCUCUACACGGGCAGAGGCCCCUCUUCUGAAGCAAUGCAUGUGGGUCACCUCAUCCCGUUCAUCUUUACUAAGUGGCUACAGGAUGUGUUUAAUGUGCCCUUGGUCAUCCAGAUGACGGAUGAUGAGAAGUACCUGUGGAAGGAUCUGACCCUGGACCAGGCCUACGGUUAUGCCGUGGAGAACGCCAAGGACAUCAUUGCCUGCGGCUUUGACAUCAACAAGACUUUCAUCUUCUCUGACCUCGACUACAUGGGGAUGAGCCCAGGCUUCUACAAGAACGUGGUGAAGAUUCAGAAGCACGUUACCUUCAACCAAGUGAAAGGCAUUUUCGGCUUCACCGACAGUGACUGCAUCGGGAAGAUCAGCUUUCCUGCCAUCCAGGCUGCUCCCUCCUUCAGCAGCUCAUUCCCACAGAUCUUCGGAGACAGGACGGACAUCCAGUGCCUUAUCCCAUGUGCCAUCGACCAGGAUCCUUACUUUAGAAUGACCAGGGACGUCGCCCCCAGGAUCGGCUAUCCUAAACCAGCCCUGCUGCACUCGACCUUCUUCCCUGCCCUACAGGGUGCCCAGACCAAAAUGAGUGCCAGCGACCCCAACUCCUCCAUCUUCCUCAUUGACACCGCCAAGCAGAUCAAGACCAAGGUCAAUAAGCAUGCAUUUUCUGGAGGGAGAGACACCAUCGAGGAGCACAGGCAGUUUGGGGGCAACUGUGAUGUGGACGUGUCUUUCAUGUACCUGACCUUCUUCCUCGAGGAUGACGACCAGCUCGAGCAGAUCAGGAAGGUGAGAACGGGAGCCCUGAGGGUCUGGUCAGUCUCGGCCUCUGACACCACCCCCCCAACUCACUCACACGGGGCCUGGAGGCUCCCAAGCUGGGCAUUAAGGGGUCCCUGGAGCUUCCUCAGUGUCUGGGCCUUAGGAACAGGUGCUCAACUAAAACGAGAUGAAAACUGAGUAGGGUCACUCAUGUUUUUUAAUCAUAUACCGAAAAACCU